AUGCCUUCGCAAGUCUCGGACGAGCAGCUAGGCGACGCGCUGCUCCAGUCGGCCGCGCAUGGCGCGUUUCCCCAGGACCAGGAUGUCGCGUCCGCAACUGUGCCUUCCAGCGCACUUCCAAAGCUGUUGGAGGUUGUUGCCAAGGCAAGAGAAGAGACGAAGGACGAAGUACGCCAACUCUCGAGAGAAGCCGCACCCGACGUCGAUGGCUGGAUAGCACAGGCACGCAAGCUGCAAGACGAUAUCAAACGCUCGCAAGAAACAGCCAAAGAGAUUGUAAAACAAGCAGAGGCAGGAAAGGAUAAUACAGCUCGCGUACAGGAUGCCGCAAGCAAGGUCAGCCUGCUGCACACGGAAAUUGCAUACAACGAAAGCUUGGCACGUGCUGUAGAGCAGCUUCGAGACAUCUCGACCCUGCUCGACUCUGCCCAAAACGCUGCUGUACAUGGCCAUGUUAUGCAUGCAAUACAGACUUUGGAAGAUGCAGAUGGCGCAUUCCAGGGUCUUGGGCUGUUCACCACUACAAGAGCGGUGGGUGUGCUGAAGAACAAGGAGGAGCAGCUGAAGAAAGCCAUCGUAGAGACGGUCACGGAGUCAUGGAACGGGCUGAUUGCAGUCGACAACACCAACCAUAAGAUCUCGCUGCACCAGUCGAUCGAACGCGAGGCCAGAGUCGAUAUCAACACAACGGUUGAAGCGCUUACGAAGUUGGGUCUCCUUGACAGCUUCGUAACCCGCUUGAGCCGUGACCUGGACAAGAUCAUAAUCGCUCCCCGACUGGCUAUAGGCACCGACCGCGUUGUGUCCGCCUUCAACAUCCAGGAGGAUGUUAUCCAACGUGCUGGCACGGUGAAUGAUGGUGCGGUCAAGGCUACCUUGGAGGAUAUGCACUUGCUUGCUGAGUACCUGAGCACGCGUCUACCGCCUAGCAUCGCCGUUCCGCUGUCCUCAAAGAUCGUUCCGAUCAUUGCUUCUCGUUUAAUUUCGAACCUGCUUUUGCCUGCCGUGCCAUUAUCAACAGACGGGAUACCACAUUUUCAAGAAUCGCUCUCAUAUGUCUUGGGCUUUGUGGAGUAUCUCGAUGAGCUCGGCUGGUCAGGCCAAAAUCGUCUAGCUGAAUGGGUAGAUAAGUCUGCCGAGAUAUGGCUUGCUAAACAGAAAGAGGAUGCGAUCGCUCGAGUACAAACGAUGUUCCCGAAGAAGGUGCAAGAAAAGAAGACUGUUGAACGGGUCGAGACGCAAGUCAUCUCAAAGGGAGAUGCAUUGCAUGCUGGCAACGAACAAGAGGAUGACUGGGCUGCUGAUUGGGAUGAGGAGGGCGAUGUCGCAGAAGAGAAGAAGGAGACUAUCGAAGAAGAAGAUAUGAGUGCUUGGGGUGAGGAUGACGAUGUGAUUGGAGAUGAACCCAAAGAGCAAGAGGCGAAAGAAAAGCCAGCUGAUGCAGAGGAUGCAGAUGAUUGGGGCGCUGAUUGGGAUGACGAGACCGAUACCAAACCCACCACAACGCCGAAGCCUGCAGUACAUACAACGGAGCAAUCGAAUACGAACGGAAAACCUGCCUCUCAAAAACAGCCGGCACACCAGGAGGUCACCCUUCGGGAGACAUAUACAGUGACAGCGAUCCCAGAUGCCAUAAUGGAGAUAAUCUUGCAGGUCAUUGCAGAAGUAGACACGCUGAACUCACCCGAGCUGGUCAAGUCUGCAAUCGCACCCGCGAGCGGGGGUCUAUAUGCGAUUCCGAGCCUCCUGUUGGCAAUGUACCGAGCUACUGCUGUGAUGAAUUACUCAAAAGAUAUCGCCAGUAAUAUGCUCAUCUACAACGACUGCCAGCGAUUAUCGGAUCGUCUGCGACUCUUUCUUCAAGAACAAGCUGAAAGAGAUAAAUCGUCUACAUUGCCACAGCACUUGCGACCUUCCAAACGCCUCCAACCGCUGAUCGAAUCUGACAUCAAGACGAUCGACGGAUUUGGAAAGCGUGCAUACGGACGCGAGAUGGAGUCACAAAGACAGAUCAUCCGGGAUCAUCUUGAAGAUGCGCAAGGCUUCCAAGGCUGUACGAACGUUCCGUUCGCUACGGUCUGUGAUGACGCCAUCGCUACGACGAUAGAUCGCAUAGGUGAUGUGAAGCGACAGUGGCAGAAUGUACUUUCACAUAGCGCUCUACAUCAGUCACUUGGCUCGUUGGUGUCAGCAGCUCUCACAAAGUUCAUCAACGAUGUCGAGGACAUGUCAGAUAUUGCAGAAGAUGAGUCGAGGAAGUUACACGGGUACUGUGUCUCGCUUGCUACUCUAUCCCAACACUUCCAGACCGAGGAUGGCAACGGAGAGACAAGAGACAUGGCCGGUAUCUACACGCCCAACUGGUUCAAGUUCCAGUAUCUCAGCGAAAUUCUGGACAGCAGCCUUGCGGAUAUCAAAUACUUCUGGACGGACGGCGAGCUGAAGUUGGAGAUGGAAGCUGAAGAGGUGAUUGGAUUGAUCGAGGCUCUGUUCGCGCCUAGUGAUCACCGGAGGAGAGCUAUCGCUGAUAUCAGGAGAACCACUUUGACUCGACACAAGCUUUCCACACUUGUGAACGAACUCCUGCACCGCGAUGACGGCAGUCGCAUACCCUUUGACAUCCUGAUCAACGGCGAAUUUCUCCGAACCACAAUCGACGAAUUCCUCACAAAGAAUGGUAUCAAUGCCGAAUCGACGCUGGACGUUGAAUACACGAGGGCUUUGGUGCCACCGCUAAACGUCACGAGCUUCGAACACGACGACUGGGUUUCGGCCGUGGAUGUUCUGUCAGGAGUGCAAAGUGGGCAAGAGAGGAUACUGAGCGCGAGUUAUGAUGGACUGUUAAGAGUGUGGAAUACCUCGGGCGAUGUUCUGGCGACUUCAGAGGCUCCGAACAACGGUGGUCGAAUUACAAGCUUGAAGACGGCUAAAUGGUUGUCGGAGAAGAAGAUGGUAGCUGCAGGGCUGGACAACACCGUCCGUGUCUACAAGUACGACGAUGAUGCGAGGACUAUCACCACAGCUCUCGAGCUGUUCAACCACCGCUGGGGUGUAGAAGACGUCGCAGUCCAUGCGCCUUCGAGUCGCAUUCUCUCCGCCUCCUCGGAUACCACUAUCUCGCUGUUCUCGAGCAACGCAAAGGAGAACCCCGUCGCGCCGGCGAAUUUCCUGCCCAGUUCAACGGCUGCGUCGAACAAGCGACAGAAGCUUUCGAAGCCCGAUCGCACGGUCCCUGCUCGCGGAGCACUGGCUACAUUCAGCGGUCACACUUCGCCGGUAUCUAGCGUCAUCUUCAAACCAGAUGAUGCUACUGUCGCAUACUCGGCAUCUCACGACCACACACUCAAAACCUGGGAUCUGCCUACCCAGUCGUGCGUUGAUACCCGAACAACCGGUCACUCGCUUCUCUCUCUAUGCGCCAUCCCCUCCCGAAACCUGCUUGCAACCGGUACCUCAGCACGACACAUCACAUUGGUCGACCCCCGCGCAUCUGCCACGCAAAUCAGUGUCAUGACACUACGAGGCCACAAGAACGGUGUUGUUUCUUUGGACACGGAUCCAUCUUCCGAAUACAAUCUGGCGUCUGCUUCGCAUGACGGAACGGUGCAGAUUUGGGAUCUCAGGAAUGUUAGCACAGGUGGUCAGGUUGGAGAGGGAAUGACUGGUGAGAGUGUGUACACAAUCUACAGGCAAGGACGCGAGUCUGCCAAGAGCCAUGGAGAGGGCGCGAAGGUCUUCAGCGUAAGAUGGGAUAGUGCAGUGGGUAUUGUCUCGGGUGGUGAGGACAAGAGGGUGCAGAUUAACCGCGCUCUCGACUCGUAA